AUGGUUUACACAAAAACUGCGAAAUUGUAUAACGUUAGCAAAGCAUUGUAUAAAGUGAACAAUUUUUUGCCGGUCAGUUGCACGAGAUGGAAAACAGACAAUUAUUUCUGCCGAAAAUCUGUAAAUUCAGUUUUCAAUUCCAAUGUUUUUGUUGUUAAUUCAUGUCAAUCGAAAUUGUGUUAUUCGAGCUUAAGGCAUUACUCGACGCAAGGCAGUGACAAAGCAAAUGAACAGACUAGGUUACCCACUUUGAUGGAAUUUCCAGAAAUUAUAUGGCCAUCAGUUAUUAAAACUAUAAGGAAUUGGGUUCUAGCUAAUUUAAUAAUUCGACCAUAUUUUGAUAAUGAAUUUAAUUUGCCAGACUUUGUUGCUGGAUCCAAGCAAGCAUUGCAGACUAUUUCUUCUAAACUUGCUGGUGAAGAUAUCAAUGAAUUGGAAGGUUUGGUUGCUUCAGAUACACUGGCACAGUUGAGAAGAACUAUUUCGUCAAUGUCAGUUUCUCAGAGGCAACAGUUGGCAGUUGUGAAGGAAGAUAUUUAUUUUUCUUUUCCAUACCAGAUUGGAGUUAUUUUUGAUGAGAGUUCCAAUUCAAGUCAGAGGAGAUGGGUCGAAAUUACAAUGUGUUUCCAUACAUUGAAAGGCUUGAAGGAUAUGAUGGAGCAGGGUCAUAAUCCUCCACUGAAUAUGGGGUAA